AUGCAUCUUGCUUCAAUUACUGGCGCUGCUAUCUUGUUGAUGGCUUCAUUCAUUGAAGCUGCACCUGCUUUAUCAAAGGCUACUGAUUCCAAAGUCACUCGCAUUCCCGGUCUUGAAAAGAUUAAGCAUGUUGUUUAUUUCAUGCAGGAAAAUCGUUCUUUUGACAACUAUUAUGGUACCAUGUCAGGUGUUCGUGGUUUUACUGAUCCUAACAUCGGUAUACAGUCUAAUGGUUUGAAUCUACUGUAUCAACCUUGUUCCAAAAGCACUGAUAUUAAGAAUGGCACCAAGUAUCUCUUACCUUUUCAAUUUAAAGGAAAGCGAGCAGGUUGUACUGCUGGUGGCUCUAAUGGCUGGACUGCUAACCACAAUGCAUUGAACAAUGGUAAAAACAACAACUGGCCAGAUGGUAACUCCCCCAAUUCUAUGGGCUACUUGAACCGAACUCAAAUUCCAUUCCUUUACAGCCUUGCUGAUGAAUUCACUAUUGCUGAUAUGUAUUUCCAAUCUGUGAUUGGUUCUACUGAUCCUAAUCGUGCUGUCUGGGUGUCUGGUACUAAUCAUGGUCCUCCCAAUAACUUUGUGAUGGAAGACAAUUCUCAAAAUAUACGCUAUGAAUGGCAAACCUAUCCCGAGGUCUUGACUGCAGCUAACGUAACAUGGCAGGUGUAUCAAGACAAAGACAAUUUUGAUGACAAUGCUUUGGCUUGGUUCAAGUACUGGAGAGAUCUUCCUGACGGCCCAGAAAAAACCAAAGGUCUUGGAUUUUUAGGUCUUGAUGCGUUUUACAAAGCUGCCAAGGAAGGUACUCUUCCACAAUUCAGUAUCAUUGUUGGCCCGAGAGAACUCUCUGAACAUCCUACCAAUACUCCUUUGGCUGGUUCCUGGCUUCAACAACAAGUAGUGAAUGCUGUCACUCACGGUGCUAACUGGAAAGAAACUGCUCUCUUUAUCAACUAUGAUGAAUCUGGAGGUUACUUUGACCAUGUCAUUCCACCACAAGCCCCUGCCAAUGAAUGGGUAACAGACAAGUUUGUAGGCGGAAAGGUGCCUAUUGGUUUUGGUCCUCGUGUUCCUAUGGUUAUUAUCUCCCCUUAUACUCGUGGUGGUAACGUAUUUAGUGAAACGUCAGAUCAUACAUCUACACUAAAGUUUAUGGAAGAAUGGGUCGGCAAAAACGGCAAUGGUCAAUAUAUUGCUCCUGCCAAUAAUAUUUCGCCUUGGGCUCGCAAGACAGCAUCUAACCUUAUCAAUGCUUUUGACUUUGACAAUCCUGACUUCUCUAUUCCUGAAUUCGCUCCUGUCCAAAAGCCUGCUCAAAUCCUUGGUGUCUGGGAUUCGACUGAGAUGUGUGAAGCACUUAUUCUUGAGCCCAAGACAACCCCUCCUUAUGGUAAACAAGUCUAUCCUGUUGUCGAAGCUGGUUCUCGUCGAAUUCGUGGUGCUGUUACUGAGGGUCGUAAAUUAGCAUUCAAGACAAUAGACGGUCAAGUCAUUCAGUUCUCUUCUACUGCUAAACAACUCAAGGCUGUUCAGACAAAGAACACUUUUGCAAAAGAAUCUCUUUUCAAGUUGCUUCCAACCGGCGACAGCAGCCAAUUCAAGGUUCAAAGCGUUGCUGAUCCCAACACUUGCCUCAACAUUUGGGGUAACGGCCUUGAGUUAGGUGAAUGUAAAGGCACUGUUUGGUACUUUGAACAACAUGGAAGUCAUCAUCAUAUUCGCGAGGCCGGUAGUGAUGGUUAUCUUUCUGUUAGUGCCUCAGGAACAGUUUCUCUAGAGAAAGAUCAUCAAACACAUUAUGAAAUUUAUUCUGUUACUGAAUAA